AAGAAUGUCAUUGGCUACGAUGACACACCUGCCAACAAGCACGGCGUGCCGUUCGUCAGCAGCUCAAGCUGGCUGUCUGACAUCUUCUCAUCACCUGGACGCAAGGCUACCGAAUACCUCGACUCGCUCUUUCCAUUCACCAAGUGGAUCUUGUCUUACAACUCUCAAUGGAUGAUCGGUGAUCUCAUCGCUGGUAUCACUGUCGGUCUCGUCGUCGUCCCUCAGUCCAUGUCUUACGCUCAGGUCGCCCUUCUGCCCCCCGAAUACGGUCUAUACUCUUCCUUCGUCGGUGUCGUCAUCUACGUGCUCUUCGCCACUUCCAAGGAUGUCACGAUUGGACCUGUCGCCGUCAUGUCCCUGCAAACCGCCAACGUCAUUCGCCACGUCAUGGAAAAGACUAAUGCUUACGAAGGCCGCCCUCAAGUCAUCGCUUCCGCCUUGGCAUUCAUUUGCGGUGUCGUCACCCUCGGCAUCGGUCUGCUCAGACUUGGAUGGAUUGUCGAGUUCAUUCCCCAACCAGCUGUUGCAGGUUUCAUGACGGGAUCUGCUUUUACUAUCGCGGCAGGUCAGGUACCUAAGCUGAUGGGUCUCUCGGCAGUCAAGACCAGCGGUUCUGCUACCUACGAAGUCAUCAUCGACACUCUGAAGGCACUGCCGAACACUACCAUCGAUGCAGCCUUCGGUCUUACCGCCCUCUUCUUUCUGUACUUCGUUCGAUGGGUGUGCACUGCAAUCCCGCGCCGGUACCCCAAGCUUGCGCGCACAUGCUUCUUCAUCAGCGUGUUCCGCAACGCCUUCGUCAUCAUCAUCCUUACGGCUGCCUCUCGCAUUUGGCUUGGUCCCACAGUAGCGCGCAAUCCCAAGGCCAAACUCCCGAUCUCGAUCUUGAAGAAGGUGCCUCGAGGUUUCCAACAUAUUGGCCAGCCCGAGCUUAGCACCCAGAUUUUCUCCGACAUGGCCUCCGAGAUUCCUGUCUCCACCAUUGUGCUGCUCUUGGAGCACAUUGCCAUCUCCAAGUCUUUCGGACGUCUUAACAAUUACAAGAUCAACCCCAACCAGGAGCUCGUCGCCAUCGGCGUGACUAACAUGGUCGGCCCCACCUUCGGAGCUUACGCUGCCACCGGCUCAUUCUCCCGUUCCGCCAUCAAGAGCAAGUCCGGUGUCCGCACUCCUCUUGCUGGUUGGGUCACCGCCAUCAUCGUUCUGAUCGCCAUCUACGCCUUGACCGGAACGUUCUUCUGGAUUCCCAACGCAGCGCUUGCAGCUGUCAUUAUCCAUGCCGUCACCGACCUCAUUGCGCCGCUCUCGGUCGCCUACAAGUUCUGGCUCGUGUCUCCUUUCGAGCUCUUCAUCUUCCUCGGCGCCGUCAUUCUAUCCAUCUUCGUCAACCUCGAGGCUGGUGUCUACUUCUCGGUCGGUGCUUCUCUCGUGCUGCUGCUCGUCCGCAUCGCUCGCCCCCGCGGCAAAUGGCUCGGUCGCGUCCGCGUUCACAACGAAGAUCGGACUCGUCCCAGCUCCCACCCUGCUCACCGCGACAUCUUCCUUCCUCUCGAGCACAAGGAUGGUCUCCGUGACCCAUCAGUCUUUGUCGAGCGACCGCCUCCCGGUGUUCUCAUCUGGAAGUUCGAGGAGGCGUUCACGUACCCCAAUGCUUCUCACCUCGCCGAUGUGCUCAUAGAAGAGGCCAAGGUCCAAACCCGUCCUGCCGCCUCCAGCCUUUACAAGAGUCGUGGUGACCGUCCUUGGAAUGACCCUGGACCUGUCAACCCCUACUUCUCCCGUGCUGGACGUGCCUUCCUCUGCGGCUCGGCGGCCCGCAAGGCGGACGCCAAGUACAAGGAAGCCGUAGAAGCUGAGGCUCGUCUGGCACACGACACUCGUCCCUUGCUGCGUGCCUUCAUUUUCGACUUCAGCUCCGUUCCUCAUGUCGACACGACGUCCAUUCAAAUGCUCGUCGAUGUCCGCCAAUCCGUCGAGAGGUACAGCGGUCACCCGGUCGAGUUCCACUUUGCCGGAAUCCUCUCGCCUUGGAUUCGUCGUGGUUUGCUCGCUGGUGGUUUCGGUACUGGUCUCGCCGCUCGUCAUAUCACCGAAGUCGCACCUAUCAUUCGCCCGGGAGAAAGCCUUAGCCACAAGGAUCAGCAAGCUCGCCAGGAAGAGGAGGCUGAGAGACGCGGAAGAGCCAUCGACGAUGCUCUCAACGGUGUUGGUGAUGACGCUCUCCGCCGCCGAGCGGAGCUCGAGGACGGUAUCACACCCGCUCCAGUCAGACGCGACUCCUCUGUUGACUCUCUCGACGGCAAGGACAGCAGCGGCCUGUCCGAUAAUUCUUCUUACGACGAUCGCAACGCAUCCAGCGUCUCGGUUCCCAUUCUGUGGAACCAGAGUCUCACGCCCUUCUUCCAUCUCGAGGUCGGCUCUGCUCUCGAGGCCGUCACC